UUACAAGGGCAGCUAAGAAAGCCAGGGGGAAAAGCAGACAUUGUCAUUUAGUUCCAGCCAGAGAGCAUUCAGGCAGGGAGGUCUAGACAUGGAGUUCUGGACGGGAUUAUAUCUUAUGAGCUUUCUCAACAUGGCAUGUUGCUUGCCUAAAUCAUCCUACACUGUUUAUUUGAACAAACUCUCAUUCAGUACUGCUCAGAGUCAUUGCCUACCUGGAAGCUUCCUGGCCAACAUUCCGAAAGAAGAGGAAAUGGCAGAGAUUCUGAAAACAAUCUGGGACAAGAAUGACAAAACUGCUACGUCGUUCUGGAUUGGACUACAGAAGAAUAAAGGUGACUGUUAUAGGAAAGAUUUGCCUCUUAAAGGAUUCUACUGGACGGUAGACAGCAGCACUCAGUCUGAUGUUAAAUUGUGGGAGACAGAACCUUCAAAUACUUGCUUAGAACUUCGCUGUGGGCUGCUUUCAGUGAAAUAUGGUGAAACUGCUGCAACAUGCAAUGGGUUUGUCGAGACCACCUGCAGACAGGAACAUCCUUUCAUUUGUAAACGAAACGCUACGGUGACGUGCCGUCGACCAGAUAUAUUAGGCACACAUGACAUAAUCGACUACUCAAACGACAAGGACACAUGUUAUGUUCAUUGUGCUUCUGGUGCCAAUUUCACAUUAAAAUGCUCAAAAGAUCUAGUUUGGACCGUGUUAGGCAACCAAAACAUGGAUACAUCGCAACUCUGCCUGGAGUGCAACAAAGGCUAUAGGAGGGAUGCAUCCGGAUACUGUGUGGAUGUAAACGAAUGCGAAGAAUCCAAACCAUGCACACACAGAUGCCUGAACACAGACGGCUCCUACAAAUGUGCAUGUUCGGACAAUGACAUGGAUGAUUGUGAUGGAUCAAAGCCGCCCACCACUGAUCUGACAAGAAAUGAUUAUUCAAACGUUAACAGGGGCAAAUCUUUGCUGACUCAACCUACGUCUCUGCCUGAUGAUGUCAGGACGAAUGAGACAGAUGUACACAUUGAGGAGAGCGUUGGAGACGUUUCAAAUAUCAUAGUACCUGUGAUUAUAGCGCUGCUGAUUUUCAUCGUGCUGCUGGUGAUCGUAGCGGCCAUCGUGAAAGGCUGCAUCAGGAGGAGGACCACAAAACUGUCCCGGAGGAAGGCGGAGGCUGUGGCUCUGAAUGGUUCCAACUCCAUGGAGAAGGUGAAUGAAAAAGAGGAAACUUAAGUGGAAAAGACUGCAAAAUGUGAAAUAUAAUUCAGUGUGAUACCUUCAGACCGAUCAAGGUGCUUACCGGAAGAUUUUCCUCACUCAGAACUGUGUGGUCUAGAGUCACAAGAGUGCUGUACAAUUACUGCCUUUAAAUGUCUUUUGCCAUUCCGUCUGUUUUACUCUCACGGUUGAAAUCAGGGUCUUUAUGCUGAUGUGGAUUAAUCCUAGGCCACAGAGUUGGUAAUUAGAUUUUAUGAGAAGCGUACUCUGUCUUUGUUUACUCUUUAGAUUGUUUUUAAAUGCACCUGUGGAGAUGUAAGAAUUGUAUAUAUGUGGUAAGAAGAUUAAAAACGUUAGCCGGUUCGGCUUUUCAUCCUGU